UGUACCUCGCUGUGUGUGUGUUUCACUUCCAGGUUGUGAGUUUCGAUGAAGGCUGUGAUUCUCGCCGGCGGCUACGGAACCAGGUUCCAGCGGGACGUGGUGUCGGACGGCAGCGGACGGUUUUCUCCGCUGGUCGGCCGCCCGAAGCCGCUGCUGCCUGUCGGUGGCUCCGUCCUCAUCUCACACUGGGUUCGAGCCCUGGCCGGGUCCGGCUGUGCGGACUGCGUGUACGUGGUGACGAACGAUCUUUACCGGGCUGCGUUUGAAGAGUGGGCAGCAGAGUUCUCCAACAUCAACAUUGUGAGCGACCAAACAAGAAGCAAUGAUGAGCGUCUUGGCGCUGUGGCCUGUCUACAUCUUGUGGUGAAACACUUUCAGAUAGACGACCACGUCACCGUCAUCGGGGGAGACACCCUGUUCAGAGAAGAUUUCAGCCUCACUAAAGUAAACCAGAGGUUUUCUGGCCUACAGUCACAGUGUGAGGACAGCUGUCUGGUGCUCUCUUACCAGUGUCAAGAUGAAGAAACUCAGAAAUAUGGAAUACUGGAAGUGGACAAAGAUCUCCGUGUUCUCUGUAUGAAGGAGAAACCUCUCCCCUCUGAGACAAACUCCAGAAGAGCAUGCCCUUGUUUCUAUGUGUUUUCAAAGAAAAGUCUUCCUUUGUUGGACACCUUUCUUGAGGAAAAGAAGGAGGCGCCCAUUGAGGAAAAAGAUGCUCCAGGAAACUUUGUGUCUUGGCUUAUUCCAAGGACGCCAGUCUACAUUCAUGAGAUCUGUGGACGUUUUGAUGUUGGAAACUUGUCUUCCUAUAUCGUGUGUGAUCUUUAUUUCAAAGAACAACUUGAAAAUGUUGAUUCUUACAUGGUGUAGGGGCCGAGAAAAAGAGAAAUACUCA